UUUAAGAAAAAAGAAGAAGUGAGGCAUAGGGAGAGAGACUUGUGUGGGCGUGUGUGUCCCCCUUCCCUUCUGUCAGUUUCUGCUUUAGCUGCUGAAAUCUGUGUUCUCUUCAAAAAAAAAAUAAAAAAAAAUUACUUGUGAGCAAAAUUGUAUUAACACUUGUUGCUCAAACAGCAUUUUCUUGAAGUUUAAUUUACUGGGGUUUUGUUUUAUUUAUGUAUGUGUUAAUAACACUUGGACAGAGACACAAUUAGCCUCAUUUCAAGGGUGAUCUGUCUUUCUCCCGUCUUCACAGAAGAAUUAUUUGUGUAUACAUGCUUAGAGAAAGCUAAAAAGCUGCUGUCUUUGCAAUCUUUUUUUCUAAUGUCUAUAUAUUAAAGAAAAAGACAUUACUGGAUGCACGCUACAGAUUAUAGUAUACAUUAGUGGUUCCCCACUCAUACAUAUAGUGGGCUUCUCUUUGAAGUUGAAAGAGACAGGUAUCCUAUAUUCUAUUCUUUUCGUCCCUCUCAUCCUCUUUCUCCCUUCUGAAGAUUCAUUCUUAUAUUCCUUCUAGGAAAUUUCCUUGGCGUUGAUUACCGACAUCUACCCCCUUCUGUCGAGCACUUAAUCUUUUAUUGAACAUUUCAAGGUUCGUUGAUUACCGACAUUUAUCCCCUUCUGUCGAGCACUUAAUCUAUUAUUGAAGAUUUCAAGGUUGAGAAGUUAGAGUAAGGGCUAUUUCACCAGGAAAACUGCACAAGCAGAUUACUCUAUAUUCUCAAAGGGUCAAGCGGGGUAUCACAGACCAGCUAACUUGAUAAGUGAAAUACACUGUUAUCAAAAGGAACACUUUUAUACCUUACUGCAAAAAGAAAAUAGAGUUUUCAUAUUGCAUGAUACUUGUUCUCAGCAAGUCAAAAGGGCUGUUGUACAAUAAGUGUUGUGUGCUACCUUGCAUGUGAUGGUGUUGAUGAUCCAGUGUGAAGUUGGAUAGAAAACGUCGUUUGGAAGGCAAGGCAUAUAAUACGGAUGAUAAUGUCAUAUUCAUCAAAGUUGUUUUUUGGAGGGAUGGGAGUAAAAUGACAUCGAGCGAGCGGUUAUAGCUUAGAUACAUCGGCUCUCUGGUUCUCUACCUUCUUAUAGAAUGUUAUCAUUAAAUCUCUCGUAAGCCUUAUUCAGUUAUAGUGCUAAUCAACAACACGUGCUCCAUUGGGUUUUGCUGAUGAUUACGCUUCUUCUCAAGUCUCCCUACAUUAUACUCAAAGUUGUUUAGAUCAGGAAAGAACUAUCAGGGCAGUACAAUGUCAGUAGAUCAAGAGGCCGGUGGGCCUUGAGUGAACCUUAAUUUCAGUAGUGAAAGGAAAAUGACCACAAAACCAAAGAAAGGAUGGAAAUCAAUUUCGUCUCUCAAUUUGAAGACCAAAUCAGCAGCACAUUUUUGUUUGCUCCCCAAAUCAAAAUCAGAUCGAUAUGGUCCUGGUGACACACCUGUUUAUCUCAAUGUGUAUGACUUGACUCCUAUGAACGGCUAUGUAUAUUGGGUUGGCCUUGGUAUUUUUCAUUCUGGUGUGGAAGUUCAUGGUGUAGAAUAUGCAUUUGGAGCUCAUGACUAUUCAAGCAGUGGUGUCUUUGAAGUUGAACCACGACAAUGCCCGGGGUUCAAGUUUAGGAAGUCCAUAUUCCUUGGGGUUACAAAGUUGGAUCCCUGUCAGGUUAGAGAGUUUAUCGAACGUCAAGCUGCUAGCUAUAAUGGUGACACAUAUCAUUUGAUUUCGAAGAACUGCAACCAUUUUUGCAACGAUACAUGCUACAAGCUCACUGGGAAAAAGAUUCCAAAGUGGGUAAACCGACUUGCAAAAUUAGGUUCAUCAUUCAACUGCAUGCUACCCGAGGCUCUGAAAGUUGCCGCUGUAGAACAUGACCCUAAUGGCCCAGAAUAUAUUACUGAAAGAAGAAGGCUAAGAAGUGCAUUCAGCUGUCUUUCUUCAAUCUCAACAAGACAAAGACAGUUAUCGACAUCUUCGUUAUUUCUACAAUCACCUUUGAAAGGCUGCUUACCAUCUUGGGAGUUAAGAAAGUCUAGCAACAGGUCUCUGAAGGAAAGGUAAAAGAUAAUAGACACUUUUCAAUGAAUCUGUUGGAACAGAAAAUGUUGUUAUUCAGGUCAUGAUGCUUAGGAAGUGGUAGUGUUUGUAACAUGACAUGAUUUCAGUGUAUGUAAUAUGGUUUUUUUGAGCAAGUUUGUCAACAAUUAGAAGUGAGUUGUUGUAUUGAAAUGGAGAUGCUUGUGGGACUAGUUUUUGAAUUUUGAUAGGGUCUUUUUAGCUAGAAGGAUGAACAACUAAGCUUACAUAUCAAAGAAUGUGGAUUCAAAAGGCAUAUGUAUAUAAUGCUUAUGCCAAUCACAAGGCAAAUGUUUAUGCAUCA